UGUAUAAUGUAGUACUACUUGCCAGCUCGACCGGACCGAGCCGAGCCAAGCCGCGAGCCCAAAUGCUCGACCCCCCCCUCACGUCACGCGCCCACCCCCGGCGACCCCUCAACGGCUCGACCGUACCGUAUUACUCCAACCCCCUACACUUGCGGCUCAUGCGCCCGGCACUUGAUCGCCGCUCUCACCGACCGCAUCAUCCCCUCCCUUUUUUUCUCUCUCUUUAACCCUAACCACCAAACCCACACGCUACAUCAACACCCAAAACACAAAAAGAGCUCCCGAUGGGCGACUUAACGGAGACCCUGACGCCGUCACCGGCCCCGGCCGCCUCCCAAUCGCGGCCGCUACCCGUCCGAGAGGACUGCUGGAGCGAGGACGCCACCUCCACGCUGGUCGACGCUUGGGGACGCCGUUAUAUGGAGCUGAACCGCGGGAACCUCCGUCAGAAGGACUGGCAGGAUGUGGCCGACGCUGUCAACGCACUCCACGGCCACACCAAGAAAACCCACCGGACCGACGUGCAGUGUAAGAAUCGUAUCGACACCAUCAAGAAGAAGUACAAGAUCGAGAAGGCUAGGGUUUCGUCCUCCGACGGAACGCUAACGUCCUCGUGGCCUUUCUUCGAGCGCCUCGACGCUCUCAUCGGAUCCAGCGUGUCCGCCAAAAAACCACCGCCUCCGACUUCGCAGAUUUCCCGCUCCAUGUCGCCGUCGCCUCCGGUGGCUGUUCCUCUGUACUCCAAGAAAACGCCGCCGUCAGUCACUUACACGGCCGUGGUUUUGCCGCAGAAGAGGCCGUCUCCGGCGACCGACGAUGGAUACUUCAGGAGGAAUUACUCGGCGAUGGCGGCGGCUGCAGCUGCGGCGGAGGACGCGGAUGACGUGGAGGAGGAGGAGGAUGAGGAAGAGGAAGAGGAGCCGGAGGAGGAAAGAGAGAGGACGGAGGUGGAGGAGAGAGAAGGGUUGAGGAGAUUGGCGAGGGCGAUAGAGAGGUUCGGAGAGGUUUACGAGAGGGUGGAGAGGGAUAAGCUGAGGCAGAUGGUGGAGUUGGAGAAGCAGAGGAUGCAGUUCGCCAAGGAUUUGGAGGUGCAGAGGAUGAAUAUGUUCAUGGACACGCAGGUUCAGCUCGAGAGGAUCAAGCAUGGCAAGCGUUCCAGAUCCAACGAUAUAUAUAGCUAGCCAUGUGAGAGACACAGCUUUACCUGGGAGGAAGCAUAUGUAACAUCUUGAUUUCACCAUUGCUCCAACAAAGUACAUAUUGUUCCAGAUUAUACUGGCAUCUGAAAAUGUCCGGCAGAUGAGGUUGUUUAAGAUUAUCUGAAGUCCACUUUUACCUGGCCCAACCUCUUUUUGUUUUCCUACUUAUAAUAGGUUAAUUCACCCGGCUGCACUAGGCCUAAGUAUGGGUCAAUGUAUUUGAUUCUAGCUGUAAUACCCUCUUAAUUUGAACCACUUCUCAGUGUUCUAGGUUGAUUUGUCUGGCACUAUAUAUAGUUAGGUACAUUCAGAAAAUUUUUCCCAACGAACUGAUAUUUAAUGUAUUAAUCUUUUUCUUUUUU